UCGUACCUCAAACCUCAAAAGAAAAUUAAGUUCUCUGUCUUUGGACAAUGACUUCUCCUUUCUUCUUUGUUUUCCUUCUCUCGUCUCUUCUCAUAAGCAAUGUUGAUUCCAACCCAAAUUACAAAGAAGCUCUCUCCAAGUCAUUGCUUUUCUUCCAAGGUCAGCGAUCCGGUCCUCUUCCUAGAGGCCAACAAAUUUCCUGGAGGGCUAGCUCUGGCCUUUCUGAUGGCUCCUCUGCUCAUGUGGACUUAACCGGUGGGUACUAUGACGCAGGAGACAACGUCAAGUUCAAUUUCCCAAUGGCGUUUACCACCACGAUGCUCUCAUGGAGCGCACUGGAGUACGGUAAGCGGAUGGGUCCUGAACUACAGAACGCACGUGUGAACAUCCGUUGGGCCACGGAUUAUCUGCUGAAAUGUGCUAGAGCCACUCCCGGAAAGCUUUAUGUUGGGGUAGGAGAUCCUAAUGUUGAUCACAAAUGCUGGGAACGGCCUGAGGACAUGGACACACCUCGUACAGUUUACUCUGUAUCCCCUUCUAACCCUGGUUCUGAUGUCGCAGCUGAAACAGCAGCAGCUCUGGCUGCAGCUUCUAUGGUUUUCAGAAAAGUUGAUUCUAAGUAUUCGCGUUUGCUUAUCGCAACAGCUAAGAAUGUGAUGCAGUUUGCCAUUCAGUACAGGGGAGCUUACAGUGAUUCCCUUUCUUCAUCCGUCUGUCCUUUCUACUGCUCCUACUCUGGUUACAAGGACGAGCUGAUGUGGGGUGCGUCAUGGCUGCUGAGAGCAACGAAUGACCCGUAUUACGCAACCUUCAUAAAAUCGUUAGGAGGUGGAGAUCAGCCUGACAUCUUCAGCUGGGACAAUAAAUAUGCUGGUGCCUAUGUUCUUCUGUCACGGAGAGCAUUACUUAACAAAGACAGCAACUUUGAACAAUACAAGCAAGCAGCUGAGAAUUUCAUCUGCAAAAUCCUUCCAGAUGCUCCAACUUCCUCUACCCAAUACACUCAAGGAGGAUUAAUGUACAAGUUACCUCAAAGCAAUCUUCAGUACGUAACCUCCAUAACAUUCUUGCUCACGACUUAUGCCAAAUACAUGAAAGCCACAAAACACACAUUCAACUGCGGAAACUCCGUUAUCGUCCCAAACGCCUUGAUAAGCCUAUCGAAGCGACAAGUUGAUUACAUACUCGGAGAUAACCCAAUCAAAAUGUCGUACAUGGUUGGAUUCGGAUCCAAUUUCCCCAAAAGAAUCCACCAUAGAGCAUCUUCGCUUCCUUCACACGCACUUCAUUCCCAUUCCUUAGGCUGCAAUGGCGGAUUCCAAUCGUUCUACACUCAAAACCCUAACCCUAACAUUCUCACAGGAGCAAUCGUAGGAGGUCCAAAUCAAAACGAUGGGUAUCCAGAUCAGAGAGAUGAUUACAGCCACGCAGAACCGGCGACUUACAUCAACGCCGCAUUCGUCGGACCUUUGGCGUACUUCGCCGCCGGUCGUUCGGCUUGAAAUUGAUUCCGCCACCGCCACCGCCACCGCCACCACCACGUUCUCCGAUGUGUAGUUCCAUUGUUAGUUAAAGAUCCGUUGGCCUAAGCCUAACGUGAAAAUCAGAAAAGGACAAAGUAAUUUAAAUGUAAAACUCUUAAUGGGCUAAGACCCAAUAUGAAUGGACCCGAAAGAAAUAUUUCUCGUGGUC